CUUCAGCUCAGGAGGAAGAUGAAAGAUAGUGUCGCUGAAGAACAUUUAUAUUUGGGUUUCUCUCAUUGGUACAGAGAUAGUAUCUUUCCUCUUCAUACAUCUAUUUCGCUGUUUCUGCUAUCCUACUGUGACUGCAAAUUAUUCAAGAUUUUCUUAGUGCCAACUGGUGAAAAUGUGGAUGAUCAGUUUGUGACAAAAAACCUCCUUGGUGAUCUUGAGGUCCAUUUAAUCUCCAGAUGUCAGCUUCCAGUGGUUGUGCAGAGCUGCUGUUUACCUGCUGUUGUUGUGAAAGACGGCAAGUUCUGCCGAGCUGGGCUUUCCGUUGUCUUAAGGCAUAUAAUACAGAAAACGUAUGAGGCAGAUCCAUCUAAAAAGGAUGUUUUGGAACUCUUAGGCUUUAAGAAGACCUGUUUAAAAGCCUGUGCUGAAGUUAGCCAGUGGACCAGACUUUGUGAGAUCAGCAUACCUCUGGCUGUUGAAGGAUUUUUGACGGCGUCUCCUGAGCACUGUCAGACUAUUCCUCCUGACAUUUUACAGCUUGAAAGGAAGCUUGGAGAACCUGUCCGAGUACAUAAUGAUGACAAAAUUCGAAGGCAAAAGCUUCAACAACAGAAGGCAAGUUCCAAGGCUGCAGUGCCUGUACUUGGUAAAGAAGCAACAGAGGAAGGAAAAACAGUGGAAACGCAUGAACAUCCACUCCCAAGUUUGGAACUGAGCAUAGCUUUCUCCAAGCUGCUUGUCCAGGAAGUAUCAGAUGCGGUCAACAGGGAGCCCCCUAACAUCAGGAGAACAAAAACCUCUGACCUUCCGCUUUUGGACCAUGUUUUUGCAGAAGGGCUUUAUUUUACCUUGGCAGAUAUAGUGCUUUUGCCAUGCAUCCAUCAGUUCUUGGUUUCCAGCAAAAAACAAGGCAAAAAUCUGGUAAAUUUGCCUCUGAUAUCCAGCUGGUAUCAAAGAGUUCAAAAAGUACCUGGAGUAAAGCAGGCUGCUAGCAAAUGCAAUAUGGAGCUUCUCCAGCUUCCAGAGUUGAUGUCUGCUCCAGAGGAAGAGCUACAAGACCUCUCUUCAGUUCCUGAUGAAUUAGAAGAGGAGAAUGAAGACAGUAAUUUUAUAGGUGGUCCAAGGCCAACUAUGACUAAGUUAAUGGAAAAUGGUAUUGAAGCAAAAUUUUCUCCUCAUCCGUGCCCCAGCUGGACCCUAGACUGGACCAAUCUACCAUCUGCAGUCAGUCCUGGAGAAGGAAAGAUGUCCAGAGACCGGGCUCUGAGGAAGCAGCAGCAAUUGAAUAAUUUGGUAGCAGCAGUGACAAAGCUUGCUAAGCCUGGAGAUGUGAUUGUGGAUUUUUGCAGUGGAGGGGGCCACGUUGGAAUUGUUCUUGCUCACAUGAUGCCAUCAUGUCAGGUGGUGCUCAUAGAAAACAAGGAGUUGUCUCUGAUCCGUGCUAAAGACAGAAGUGAUGAACUAGGUUUAAACAACAUUUGGUUCAUUCAAGCAAAUUUGGACUAUUUUAAUGGGACUUUCAACAUUGGGGUGGCUCUGCAUGCAUGUGGUGUGGCAACAGACAUGGUGAUCGAACACUGCAUCAAGGCACGAGCAGCCUUUGUCAUCUCCCCUUGUUGCUAUGGCUUCAUUCAAAACACAGUGAAGUUUAAAUAUCCACAAAGUCAUCAGUUCAAAGAAAUUUUGUCCUACAAGGAGCACAUGAUCCUUUGCAGAUUUGCAGAUCAGACAGCUGUUCAGCUUCCACCUGAACGCAGGCUUAUUGGAAAGCAGUGUAUGGGGCUUGUGGAUCUGGAUCGGGCAUGGGCUGCAGAAGAACAUAACUACUCUGUCCAAGUUAUAUCUAUGGAGCCAGAGAGUUGUUCUCCAAAGAACAAUAUGUUUGUGGGUAUCCCUACGUAGAGUGUGAAACUUGCAUUUGAGUUGAACAUAAAUCUUCAGCGCAUAAUGACAUCCAGCAGAUACAAGCAUAGCUGGGAACCAGACAUCAUGCAUCUUGAACCCAUUGCUUUGGGAAGAGGAAGCAGCACAAAAAGUCUUAGAAAGUGAACUGCAUGCAGAGCAUCACAAAUUGUACUUGUUAUGUGUCAUUAAGCAACUUUUGGUUCUCUUACUGAGAAGUUUCUGGAUCUAAUGGCUGUGCACGGAAUCAUGUCCAUCUGCAAAGGUUUAGAAAAAAGUUGGUCUCAUUGAAGGGAAGGUGAUUUCCUUUUUUGUAAAGCUGCCUUGGCUCCUUCAAAAUUGCAUUCAUGUUCAAAACUGCAUUUGUGCUCAUAAGCAGAGGAGUUACCAGCCAAUAAUCACUUGAAGACCAGAAAAGAUCAAAUUUAUGGUGUUAGUGAAGAAGGCUAUGCAACAGGUGGUGGCUUGACUUGGCUAAAAAAUUCCAUACUACUGUAGGAAGAUUAUUUUUAGUAAAAGUUCAUCAGAAUA